AUGCGGUUUGCCAAAAGUAUUUUACAAUUGGCGCUACAAAUCUAUUUAGAUGCAGCAAGUAUCAAUGAUCCUAAGAAGAGAAAAGCCACCCUUUUAUACUUUGGUGGACUCAGCCUUCAGGAAAUAUUUUAUAAUUUACCUGGCGCUAAUGCCGAUGUACCAGAUGAAAAUGGCCGUGACAUUUUUGAGAUAGCCAUAACAAAGCUAGAUGAAUAUUUUUCACCAAAGCAAUCAAAAGUGUAUGAGAGGCACUUAUUCCGCUUAUUAAAACAAGAAAGUGGGGAGAAAUAUGAAAAGUUUUUAGUGAGACUGAGACACCAAGUGGUUAAAUGUCAGUUUCAAGCAGUUGAAGAACAAUUAAUUGACCAAAUAACAGAAAAAUGCGCGUCUGUCGACCUACGGAAGAAAAUACUGGCAGCCGGCGAAGUCAUAACUCUAGACCAAAUAAUUCUAGAAGCUAAUACCUUGGAGACCAUAGAAAGGCAGCUUUCUGGUUUUAAUGAAAAGCCAUCUCCUAGUUCGUUGCAGACGCUAAACGCAGUUUAUACCAAAAGAAAACAGAGGACAACCAUUUCCAGAGAUUGUUCUAGGUGUGGAUCUACAGAGGCAGUACAUAACAACUGUCCAGCAAUAAACAUUACUUGUCACAAAUGCAAAUUUAGAGGUCAUUUUGCAAAAUGUUGCAAAUCAACAAGGACCUUUGCCCCGUCCAAUAAAUUAAACAAGGGACCCUCAAGAAAGAAGUUUAGAUUAGGACAAUCAGAUACAAACAAUGUAGACAACAUUUCGAGAACUGCAGAAGCAGAAUACGUGUUCCACCUGGACAGUGACGACACUGUAGAUUGUGAAGUAGGAGGAGUCAAGGUUGAAAUGUUAAUCGACUCUGGAAGUUUGGAGGAAAAUAAUAAAUACGAGUUUUGAUUAUACAAAUAGUUACUUUGUUUCAAAUAUGAUACUAUGUUGUAGGUUUAAAGUUUUCUAGUUGGAUUAGUAUUUACAUUUUAUAUAAAGUCUUUUAUUUAUUACAUUAGUAUAUAUUUUGUUUUGUAAUUAAACUAAGUAGUAAGUAGUAAAGUUAGGUAUACUGUUAGUCACUUUGGUUUAAAUAUGAUUCUAUGUCAUAGAGUUAAGGUUUCUAGUUUAAUUUAGUACUAGUUUUAGCAUUUAGAUUUAUAUACAUUAUUUGCUUUAUUAUAUAUUGUAUUGGAAAAAAAAGGAGAGA